CAAAAUAUUUUGGGAGGAGAUAUUUGCAUUUUUCUUAUGCAAAAUAUUUACCUCAUCUGUCCAGCUCUUUUUCACGUAUUUAUGUGGACGUGUCAAUUUUGUCUUCCAUUUUUCUUCUACACCUCUUUCCAUCCCUUUUCUCCUCCCAGCUCCUCCCUCCUUCACUCUGACCUUUACCUCUUUUUUCCCCUUCCGAUCCUCUCUUUCUCACCUUCACUGUCUUCUUUUCACCUUUCUUAAUUCCUCUCUUCAUCUUCCUGGACAUUUUCCCGCUCCCAUCUCGCUCUCUCUCUCUCUCGCCUCCCUUCACGCUUUCCUUGCCUCCUUCUUUUCCACCCCCUCCAUUCUUCUCCUCUGUUUCUAAUGAGGGCCUGUUCAGCAGUCAUGAUCAGAGCAGAGGCUGGGUGAUGAGAGCGCGUAGCGUCUCAAACGCGUUCACUCCACCGUCUGUCAUCCGAUCUACGGGGCCACGUUCCCCCAGCGACAACCAUUCGUGUUGUUAUGGGGACACUUUUCAGCACGACGGCUUUGAUCGCAGCCUCUCUCUCCCCGGGGACGUGAACUCACAUCACUGGGCCCAUCAGCUGCAGAUAAACACCGACUGAACAUCUGAGAGUUUCAAACUUCGUCAACUCUCCCCCACAGCCGCCGCCCGGCAGUGUUCAGAUUACCCCCAGAUGGAGUGUGAGAAUCAACUGACUGACUGAUAGCUCUGUUCUUUGCUUGUCAGCCGUAAUGAAUAAUCUUUGUGCUGAAUGUCGGUAGAAACACAAGUCAGUUUGUCAGGACCUUGGGAGAUAAAUAACAGCACUGUCAUCUAACACGUCAGCCUGAGUCCCGAUCUAUCCCAGGAUUUAGCUGGGAAUCUUUCAUAAGCCAAGCAUGAGCCGUUUGUAAUCUAAAUAGAUGGACUGACAAGAUACGACGAGUGUAAGUGAGCGGCCGUUUUUGUGUUGACAAGGAUGGCUCUCUCGUGGUGUCUCUGCCUGGCCAUGGCCCUCUUUUCUGGCCCCGGCACAAUCUAUGCCUUGGCACCUGAAAAUGAAGUGACAUUACACCCCACAACAUGGCUGAGUGAAAACAGGGUCACACCAGUACAUCUGCCUAAAGGACACACUCGCAGACUGUAUUUCACACUAAAGAAGAAAGCCGAUUUGCUGUCUGUUACUGUGAGCCCCUGUGCAGUGCCCAUCGAAUGGAGCUUGGCUGUUCGGACCCUGAAGGAUAAACCACCUAAGAAAGCACACUGGAGCUCCAAGAAGAGCAUGCCUGAGGUUUGGUGGAGAGGUUCUGGAAGAGAGGUUAGGAUUUACACCUACACCGGCAAUGCUGUAGACACCUACACCGGUCCUGCCAACGCUCCAGCGUCCAUCUACAUCCUGCGGCUGAAAUCAAACGAACAGGACACGCAGGUGUCAGCAUACCUCCACGAAGGUCCUGGUCCCUCGGGGGCUUUCCCUGAACUGCCGUCGGACCCCAGAGUGCACACGCUGGGGGUGGGCAUGACCAGUGUCACCUUAAACUGGGCUCCAAGCUCAUCUAUAGCUGUUAAAGAUGGUCACCGGCCACAUCGUGAAUAUUGUGUCUUAGUCAACCACAAACAUAACUACCGAAAUCUUUGCGCUGCUCAUGAGGGAAUCCGAAAGGAGAUACAGAGUAUGCAGAAGAGACAAAGGAGGGACAAACAAAGCAAAGAGAUUGUGUGGGCAACAAGUAAAGAUUGGUGGUGGCGGCAGCCAAAUGCCCUCAAGGAUCAUGAAUCAUCUACGACUGACAAGUUUGAGGAUACUGGGUGUGUGUGCAGGGACAUUGAAAGUGUGUGCACGGUUUCAGACCUGCUUCCGAAUACACAGUACUACUUUGAUGUGUUCAUAGUGGACAGGGUUAAUGGCACGAGUGUGGCCUACACCGGCACUUUCGCCCGUACGCAUGAGGAGGCUCGAUCAGCCAUCACAUCCUUACGGGAAGGCCAGGUCAAAUGGGUCACCCUGAGCUGGGAAGCAAGCAGUCUACAGGGGGAUCAGUUCCUAUUUAAACCUCGCGGGUGGCAACAAAAUGGCCUGCUUACCUUGCAUACCUGUAACGGCACUAGUAAAGUCAAAGUCAGCGUCUCCAGUAAAGGACAGACUUUGACAUCUCAGGAGGUGGGACAUCAGCUUGCCCAGAUAUGGUUGCACGGCGCCCCUUCAUACCUCAUCCAGCUCCAGGCCUUAAUUCCAGGUUCCUCAUCGACGAUUCCUAAAGGUGAUUCCAAAAAGUCCAAAUUCUGUCUCAAAAUGCAAGCGUCGUCAGCGUACCACCGCCGAGCCAUGCCGGUGUUUCCCACCACACUACAGAUUAAGUCUUUCAACAAGUUGCGGACCUGCAACUCCAUCACUCUGGCCUGGAUGGGGACCGAAGAGCGGAGUCUCUAUUGCAUUUAUCGGCGGCAGAUCCCACUCGACAGCAAGCACACCUCAACUGAUCGUUGCGUCGACCCAGAGUCCCGUCCUGCCGAUGAGAGAGUCUUCUGUAAGUAUUUCCAGGAGCUGGACCCACGGCGGGCAGUCACAACAGCAGUGGUUGGUCAACUGGAACCAGGGAUGCUAUAUGUGUUCGACGUCUAUCUUAUGAGACGCUGGGGACUUCCAAUUAAGUACCACAGCAAGACGGUGAGAACCAGGAGUGAAUGUUGAGUGGACAUCUCAGAAUCUUGCUCUCAGUGGAGAAGGACUCAAUGGAGAGAUAUAACGCCACAGGAAAGCCAAUAUAAGGCCAGAGAGGGAACUAAUGGGGGCCUUGAUCUGGUGCAGUGGAGGUCGAAUGUGACCACUGAAAGACAUAAUAUAAUAUGCCAACAACACACAAAUACCAAGAGAGGUGAGACCAAGCUCACACCAGCAAAGACUAAUUGACUUUAUUCCUGUACUAAUGUGUGUGUUGUUGUUGUCUGUUGUUAAUUAUACAGUAAUGGGUGUCUGAAUAACAGAAUCUCUCUCAUCUCUUACACAAAAGAGGACCGUGCCAAAAUAUGCAAGAGAAACAGCCGGAGGCCUUUGAGCACCAGUGCUAAACAGAGCUGUAUCAGAUCUCUCAAUCUGCCACCAGUAGGGUAUCAGAGAAAGACACCAAGUGAAGGAUGGGAAAGAGAGAGAGCGAGCGAGAGAUGUGUGAAGUCAGUGUGUUGAUUAUGCUCUGCUAAAGCAUGCAGCAGGGAAAAACGAGUUAGCAGUUUGCUUCGUUGUCUGUGAUAUGAUUAUUGUGCUGCGCUUCUGCGCACUAAUAAAAACACAGUUAACAACCA